AUGCUAGUGACACCACCAGCAUAUGGACACAUGACGCACAUGCUCAAGUCAUUAGCGGGAGGCAAAAUUAUUUUGGCGCUAGAAGGCGGAUACAAUUUGGACUCCAUUGCUGUAUCAGGAUUAGCAUGUGCGAAAGCCUUAUUAAAUGACCCAAUUGAGCCUCUAGAUCCAAUCAUCCCAAAUGCAAUGUGCGUUCAGACAAUUCAAGAUGUUAUAGAAGUCCAGUCCCGAUAUUGGAAGAGCCUUCCUCAGACUUUUAUUGACCCUAUUGAAGAUUCUGCGGGAGUUAGAUCCAUAGUUGGAAUGAACAAGAUUCUCGAUAUAUACAGGAAACGCUGUCUUAGGGAGCGACACGAUAUGAUUCCAAUGCCAAGGAUCGAAGGCGACCAGGAGAAUGCAUUCCUAGACAACGUUUAUUGCACGCGGCGCACAUAUAACGCGAAGCCUCUGUAUAUAUUCGUCCAUGAUUUCGGCGAGUUUUCUGCAAAGACGCUGGCACAUAAUAAUAUCGUUCGAACAGACAAGUCUCUCCUGGUAGAUCCUGUAACUGACUAUGUGAGACGGAUAAUCGAUUCAGGAAAUGAGCUUAUCGAUGUCGUCUUACCAUACCAACCAACCUCUGAUGAAGAGAAAGUGGCGUUGAAAGACAAACUAUCAUCCAUUCUUUCAGAGAUCUGGGAUAGCUACGUCUCUGCUACAGGCUAUACGGGCAGAAGGAUAAUAUUACUGGCUGCUGGAUUCGGCUGUUAUGGUAUGGUGGCUUUCAUGAAUGAACGACAGAAGGAGAUUAUCAAAUAUGUAAGUUGUGUAACCAUGGUGCCCGGCGAUGACAGCCUACCGAUGGUGACCAAGAAGCUGGGCUCUUGGUAUGUUGAAAAUUCAUUUGUAUUUUUGACAGAUGACCAUCCGGUCUGGGAGAGAACGCAAAAGCCCAACAGCAGAAAUGGCAAUCUGAUCCGUUCAGAGCAAAGUACAAGUAAACUGUCCGUAUUGCUCCAUCAUCUGCAAGGGAAAAUUUUUAAAGACAUUGAGAACCGACUUGACAAUUUACCAGCGGUUUCAGGAGACGACUCAGAUUUGGAUAUAAAAAAAGAUCCAGAACCCAUGGAGACAGACCCAGCUCCAACCCUCGUUCAAAAUGAUGACCUAUCAACCAAUUCACAAAACGAGGAAAUCAAAAUGACUAUCACUCCACCCAAGGAAGAACUACAAUCAAAUACUAGCCCGCAAAACCGACUGCAGCCUCCCUCUCCUAUUUCUUCGCCGUUGACACCAGUAAAAGUUGAAGUCGCACGGUCACAGCCACCCCACCCACUAUCCUCACUUCCAGGAUCGCCACAUCUCAAUGGCAUGAGUACCCCGCGUCCCCAUGCACAGCCUCUUGUGGACCGCUCGUCGGUAGUAAGCCAACAGCACCGAAGCCAACCAUACCCAUCUCCAAAUGGACGUUCUCAAAAUGGUCCCGUAUCGAUGACGCAACCUGGAUCAUCAAGGUCCUUUGCGGCAAGUGGUAGUCCUCAGUUACGGGCAUCGAAUCCAAAACCGAUGAUGGAACUGCAGGAGAUGAAACCACGUCCCAUGGUGAGCACGCAGCAACAAUACCAACAGCAGCAGUAUAUAGAUGAACAACGGCACAUCGAAUCGCAGCGUCAACAGCAGUAUCGGCAGCAGCAGCCAGAUCAGGAUACGCAUCCGCUACAUCAUCGUCAUCAGCAUAGCCGGUCCGAGAAUCACCCAUAUUCUGAGCAAGCUACCAACAAGAAAGUGCCACGGUCGGCGGGGCCUGGAGAGUAUUACCCUACACCAUCCACAGCGAAUGGUAGUGCAGCGGUGUCUCCCUCGACAAUGACGCCGCCCCAUACAUAUUCCUCAAACGGUAGCCCUCAUGCUCCUCAUUCCUCUUUGAAAUCCAACCCGCAGCAACGAUCACCCCAGCACCAACACUACUCAACGGGGUACGGACCGCAGAGUAAUGGCGGUUAUAGGUCUGGUCCUCCACCUUCAACAUCAGCCUCUAAUCAGCCAUACGAAUCAAUGCAUUAUCAACGUGGAUCAUAUUCGUCGCAAGGGCCACCACCAGUCAACAAUGGACAGCAUCAAGCGCCACAUCUGAGCCCAAACUAUAGAUACUCUGGACGGUCUCAACAACAUCAACAGCAACAGCAGCAACAACAUCAUAUGAAUUCGCCUAAUCGUAUGAAGCGUUCUGAAAUCGAGUCUGAUCCAUAUGGUAGCCACUUUGCACAGCCGCAGCCGCAGUCACAAUCACAGUUCCCACAACCAAGGCAACAGCACCCAGAGAUGGAUAGACAUGUGGAGGCAGAGAGGCAGCGUUGGGAGAUGGAGCAGAUACGGCAACAAAAGGUUAUGCAACAUGGAGACCGUGGGUAUGACGUGCACGGCCCACCACCACCAAUUUAUACCCAACAGCAACAGCAACAGCAACAGCAUCGUCAUUACCAAAAUCCACAACAGCAUUCACAUUCGCACGUACAACAUCACUACGAGCCUAUACAGCACGAGCGCCAGCAUUCUACUAUGGUGAAACAAUCACAUCAUCUGCAGCACCCACAUUAA